AUGAACUCUUUCGUGGAAUAUUCCGUGUGCAACCGAACCGGAAAUGGUACCUACUCCGCUCCCAAGUCUGGAUACCACCACCACAGUCUGCAUCAGCAUCCACUGGAUCCGCACCAGAGCUUCGCGGUGACUACCGGGGCCUUUCAUGCCGGCAACACCGGCCCUCCCGGUCCCGUCACUGUGAGCGCAAAUGACAGGAGCACCACGGAGGUUAGCUACAAUGGGGACGAGGGAUUGUACGGCUCCACCGCUGGAGGAUCCGGUACGACCUGUUCCAGCCAUCACCACCAUCAGCAUCCUCAUCACCACGAACAUCACCAGCAGAACGGCUACCAUCAUCCUCACCCACACGACCAUCAAAGUUUACAGACUGGAUUAUUGUCGUCCUAUCAUAACGGCGGAGGCCCCGGGUCUUACGUGGGUCAGUCCGCCACUCCAGACUACGCGUCUGCUGCGAGCACGACCCACACUCAGUUCUUCAUGGAUGAUUGUGCGGCCUCUUCCUACUACCAUCAAUCAUCUUUCAGCACCGCUUCGCCUCACGCAGUGGGCCCCAGCUACGGGACGCUCGCCGGGACCUACGGCGGUCCUCAGGGCGCCUUGGCAGGCUCUCAGUACCCGCAGCAGCUGGGCGCAGGUCAGGACGCAGGAGGAUACCUUCGACUUCCACACGGAGGGGGACACGGAGAGCUGCCGGUGAGCCAGAACCACGCGAGGGGGGACGAGGAGGCGCAGCAAGCGGGCCAAACCUUCGACUGGAUGAAAGUGAAAAGGAAUCCUCCUAAAACAGUCAAAGCGUCCGACUUCGGCCUGGCGCACAACAACGCGAUGCGCACCAACUUCAGCACGCGCCAACUGACGGAGCUGGAGAAGGAGUUCCACUUCAGCAAGUACCUAACCAGAGCGCGCCGUGUCGAGAUAGCGGCCACGCUGGAGCUCAACGAGACCCAGGUGAAGAUCUGGUUUCAAAACCGACGGAUGAAGCAGAAAAAACGCGAGAGAGAGGGUGCGUCCGCCACCAGUCGAUCCUCGCCCGGCAACGGAAGCAAAGAGAUGGAGGACACCGACCACUCCUCCACGUCCACGUCCCCGGGGGCGUCACCGAGCUCAGAGACGUAG